AUGCUGAGCUGGUUGGCAGGCUCCAAUCAGGGCGUUGCAGGAGACGAGUCCAUGAUACUUGAUGCGCCAGAGACACCAGCGCCAGUUUUUGCAUACAGAGCUUUUAAAAACGCGAUGCUUGGAACUCCUGCCCCCGAAGUGGACGAGGAUAAAGACUUAACCAUCCCCAUACGCCCACUGAACCCUAGUUCUCACAAGAAAAACGAUGACCUAAAAAAGGCGGUUCAGAAAUUUUCGUUAGGCGAGGACCGAAAGAUGGAAAUUCCCAAGCUUGAGCCGAAGGUACAGGAACCUGCGCAUGCGAUAGCGUCGCCGUCAAAGAGUAUCCUACUUACUCCUGGGACCGCUACAACACGCCGUAAAACGGUGUCAUUCGGAGCUGGCGUCAAGGAUAAUGAGCGCAAACCCAUUUUUCUUGACGAUGAACGGGAUCUAGAGCUAAGUGGAGGGAAUAUCAGCAGCCAAUGGUCUAUGAGUGUGUCCAGUGGCUCCGGGCGCAGGAGCAAACUGACACAGUCUCUACUUGAAGCCCGCGAAGAAAAAUUCGGACAAAAAGUGGAUGGCUUUGAUGAUUGUACUCCUGUCAAGAAGGAUGAGCGCAAAGAUACUCGUGAAAAGGCCAUCGAGGACGACUGCCGUGAAUCUGACCAAUCCGAGGAAGACGAGGAAGACGAGGGAGAUGUGACAGUUAACCUCGAGGCUCCGCAUUCCCAAUCCGGAAAGUAUUGGAAAUCUGAAUUUGAAAACUACCGGACCAAGACGGAGAAGGAAAUACGGAAACUAAUCGAAUACCGUUCUGUUGCCAAAUCCUACGCAAAGAAAAAGGAGACAGAGGCCCUACGUCUCACCGAGAAACUGAAGCAAGAAGAGCUCAAAGUAGCGGAAAUGGAGAAGCGCGUUUCUGAGCUUGCCGCUGGUAUGGUUGGCGGCGGAGAUGGCGAAAACUCAAACAAGGACCAGAUGUUCCGCGAGCUUUCAAGGCAAACUGCUGCUGCAUUACAAUAUAAGCAAAAAACAGCAACUUUUAGGAAAACGUUGGAGGAUCAUGGGAUUGUCGAUAAGGAGAUGCUGGCAAGAGAUAUUUCGGCAGAUGAAUCUGCUGCGAAGCUUCGUGAAGUUGAAGAGGCUCUUUGGGAGGCUAACGCCCGACUACGUGAAAGCGAGGGAAACCCGAAGUUGAAGGAGCUGCAAGAACUUGUCCGGAGUUCGGAGCGGAAAGCUGCCGAACUGAAAAGAGAGAACUUAUUACUGCAACGCAAUCUCGACAGAGUGAAGACUGAACUUCUACAUGUCGGGGAGCGGCGAAAAGCACAAGAAGAGAGAGCGAAGAAACGCGAAGAGCGACUUGAGUCUCGCGCCCAGGACUAUAGUAAGCGCUUAACUGACUCUUUACGGGACCACCAAGCCGCGGAGGAAGCGUUAAGGAAAUCCUUUGAUGCUGAGAGGAAACAAAUGCAAGAGACCAUCGAUUUAUUAAAAGGAACCUUAGCAUUGCGUUCUGAUAACUCCCAGCCCCAAGCAUGCAGCCGCUCGACACGACGUGAAGAGAUUACAGAAGACAUACUUGAGCGGCUUAGGAAGACUACCCGUAGCUAUCACGCACGGGCGGAUUCGUAUGAUUCAGGAGAUGACCAGCUGGAAAUUACCCUCCCCAGUGAUAGGGAUGUGCUCAAUUCACCUAAGAAGUCACCGGCUAAAUCCCGAGAAGAUGCCCAAAGCAAAGCCCCUGAAAGCCCCUUUGAUGAAGAAACCAUAGGCGCGCUAUUAAAAACCCUCCGAGGGACGGGUUCGCCAACAAAGCAGUCUAUACAACAAGGAACAUUGGAGCAUAUUCGUGAAGACACAGAAGCUACCAAUAGUGCCCCUAUGGCCAACGUUCGUCGCAAACUACAACUUAAAAGUGAUACCAAAAUUUCUGGUAAUAAUUCAAAGAACUCCGAUGAACCACUCAACCUCGCCGAAGAACUGUUUAUUAGACUCGGUGGUUCGGCUCGGAAUCUUGAAUCACUUCGCCAGAAAGACGGUGAUAUGACGAACACAACCUUUGGUUCAGCACCUACUCUCACAGGCGACGUGAAAUCCACACCUCUCUCCAAACCGGCUGCCAAACAACGAACUUCGUAUCGCCCCGGCCAUUCACCUCGCCCUUCCCUUUCGUAUCUGAACUCUGGCCGUGUAGACACCCUACCUAAACGGCCUAAGUCACGAGCGGCUUCGCAAACCGAACGACAGCGGGCUACUAAUCACUCGUCAGAUAUAAACCGCCAAUCAAUUACCAAGCCGGACGGUCCUGCUCAAUCCAAACUCGGCUCUAUACCAUCAGACCGGCUUGCAGCAGCCAAGGCUAGAUUGAGGCAGAGGCAACUUAAUGCUAAAGUCGAAGCAGAGGACAAGGAAAACAUGCUUUCAGCGUAG